GCGCCGCGGCUGCGCAGUGCCGCGCAGGCUUUUAAUUCCAUUGUGGAGAGGACGGCGUUAUUUUUAUUAACCGGAGGCGGCGGCGGCGGCGGCGGGACCCCCAGGCCUGCUCCGGGGCAUGAAAGUCGGCAGCGCGUUCCUGAGCGGCGGCGGCGGCGGCGCGGGUAGCGGCGGGCGGGCGGAGAUGGAGCCCAGCUUCCCGCCGGGCAUGGUGAUGUUCAACCACCGGCUGCCCCCGGUCGCCAGCUUCGCGCGGCCGGCGGGCGCGGCCGCCCCUCCCCCGCAGUGCGUGCUGGCCGCCGCCCCGGCCGCGGCCCCGGCCGCCGAGCCCCCCCCGGCGCCCGCCCCGGACGUGACUUUCAAGAAGGAGCCGGCGGCGCCCGGCGCGGCCUUCCCGGCGCAGAGGACCUCCUGGGGCUUCCUGCAGUCGCUGGUCAGCAUCAAGCAGGAGAAGCCGGCAGACCCCGAGGAGCCGCCGGGCGCCCCCCACCCCCACUACGGGGGGCUGUUCGCGGGGGCCGACGAGCGGGCGCCGGGGCUGGGCGCCGGGGACGCGGGCUGCCCGGGCGUCAUCCAGGACCUGAGCGUCCUGCACCCGCCGCCGCCCGCCCCGCACCCCCGCGACGUGCUGCUCGGCCGGACUGACGACCCCCGCGGCCCCGAGGAGCCCAAGCCGGACGCGAGCGUCAAGAAGGCCAAGAGGCCAAAGCCAGAAUCUCAGGGAAUCAAAGCCAAGAGGAAGCCGGGCGCAUCUUCCAAGCCGCCGCUGGCGGGAGACGGAGAAGGCGCCGUCCUGUCCCCAAGCCAGAAACCUCACAUCUGCGACCACUGCAGCGCCGCUUUCCGCAGCUCCUACCACCUGCGGAGGCACGUCCUCAUCCACACCGGCGAGCGGCCCUUCCAGUGCAGCCAGUGCAGCAUGGGCUUCAUCCAGAAGUACCUGCUGCAGAGGCACGAGAAGAUCCACAGCCGGGAGAAGCCCUUCGGGUGCGAUCAGUGCAGCAUGAAGUUCAUCCAGAAGUACCAUAUGGAGAGACACAAGCGGACACACAGUGGAGAAAAGCCAUACAAAUGUGACACUUGCCAGCAGUAUUUCUCAAGGACUGAUAGACUGUUGAAGCACAGGCGCACGUGCGGUGAAGCCCUGGCGAAGGGGGCGCCCAGUGCAGAGCCUGGGUCAUCCAGCAACCAUAGCAACAUAGGUAACCUGGCUGUGUUGUCUCAGGGAAGUACAAGUUCUUCAAGGAGAAAAGCGAAGUCGAGAAGCAUAGCUGUUGAAAACAAGGAGCCCAAGACUGGGAAAGCAAAUGAAUCCCAUAUGUCAAACAGCAUAAACAUGCAGAGUUACUCAGUAGAAAUGCCUACUGUGUCUUCCAGUGGGGGCAUCAUCGGCACUGGCAUAGAGGAACUCCAGAAGAGGGUGCCAAAAUUGAUCUUUAAGAAAGGAAGCCGGAAGAGCAUGGAUAAAAACUACCUGAACUUUGUGUCACCGUUACCAGACAUAGUUGGACAGAAGUCCUUGUCUGGGAAACCGAGUGGGUCCCUUGGCAUCGUGUCAAACAGUAGCGUGGAGACCAUUAGUCUUCUCCAAAGUACAAGUGGCAAACAAGGUCAAAUAAGCAGUAAUUACGACGAUGCCAUGCAGUUCUCAAAGAAAAGAAGAUACCUACCCACCGCCAGCAGCAACAGUGCCUUUUCCGUGAACGUGGGACACAUGGUCUCCCAGCAGUCCGUCAUUCAGUCGGCGGGCGUCGGUGUUUUGGACAAUGAGGCCCCGUUGUCCCUUAUUGACUCCUCGGCCCUGAAUGCGGAAAUUAAGUCUUGUCAUGACAAGUCGGGAAUUCCUGACGAGGUUUUACAAAGUAUUUUGGAUCAGUACUCCAACAAGUCCGAGAGCCAGAAGGAGGAUCCUUUCAACAUAACAGAACCACGAGUGGAUCUGCACGCCUCAGGAGAACACUCAGAACUGGUUCAAGAAGAAAAUUUGAGCCCGGGCACCCAGACUGCUUCAAAUGACAAGGCAAGCAUGUUGCAAGAAUACUCCAAAUACCUCCAACAGGCUUUCGAAAAAUCCACGAAUGCAGGUUUUACUCUGGGACACGGUUUCCAAUUUGUCAGUCUGUCUUCACCUCUCCACAACCACACUUUAUUUCCAGAAAAACAGAUAUACACUACAUCUCCUUUGGAGUGUGGUUUCGGCCAGUCUGUUACCUCAGUGUUGCCAUCUUCGUUGCCAAAGCCUCCUUUUGGGAUGUUGUUUGGGUCUCAGCCAGGUCUUUAUUUGUCUGCUUUGGAUGCCACACAUCAGCAGUUGACACCUUCCCAGGAGCUGGAUGACCUGAUAGAUUCUCAGAAGAAUCUAGAGACUUCAUCGGCCUUCCAGUCCUCAUCUCAGAAACUGACUAGCCAGAAGGAACAACAGAAAAACUUAGAGUCCUCAGCGAGCUUUCAGAUCCCAUCUCAGGAGUUAGCUGGCCAGAUGGAUCCUCAGAAGGACGUAGAGCCCAGAACAACGUACCAGAUUGAGAACUUUGCACAAGCGUUCGGUUCUCAGUUCAAGUCGGGCAGCAGGGUGCCAAUGACCUUUAUCACGAACUCUAAUGGAGAAGUGGACCAUAGAGCAAGGACUUCAGUGUCAGAUUUCUCAGGGUAUACAAACAUGAUGUCUGAUGUUAGUGAGCCAUGUAGUACCAGAGGAAAGACCCCUACCAGCCAGAGUUACAGGUAAGGUCCCAAGAGUGACCAGGCUGGAGGUCUUCUAAUGUAAUUUUGUUUUAUUUUGAGAACACUGCCAUUGGAAUGUUUCUACACGAUCCUAUUAAGAAUAAUGUAAUGCCCUUUCAAUGCAACUUUUCAUAUUUAGUUUAUUUUGUUAGUGUGAUUUUAGCU